AUGAAGUUUAGCGACAUAUUCCGGUCCGUCCUUCCGGGCGCGGCUGCCGCUCGACCAGGUCCCUCAGAAACAGCUGGGAACGCCAGCUCCUAUCUGCCCCUCGGCCAAGAUGAAGCUACGGUAGAAACACCCACAGCAGCCCGCGAAGCUGAAGCCGCAGGUAUCUACAGAGACGAUGCAGCUAUUUUACGAAUAAAACUCGGACGAUCGCCCAAUGACCGAACCCCUAUAGCUUCUACCGACGAUGCGCGAGUCCUACGCAGCAUCGAUCUUGUCUUGCUCCCUCUGAUGCUCUCAGUAUACUUUCUCCAAGCACUAGACAAAGCAACCCUAUCAUACGCAUCUAUAUUUGGGCUUAUUGAGGAUACCGGACUAGUGGGAGAACAGUACUCAUGGCUGGGCAGCAUCGUGUACUUGGCGCAGCUUAUUAUGCAGAUGCCAGUGGCGUACGCUUUGGUGAAGCUUCCCAUUGGCAAGUUUACCAGCGGCAUGGUUCUAGGCUGGGGCCUUACCCUUGCACUGAUGACUUGGGCAAAAAGCUUUCCAUCGCUAUUAAUUGGCCGAUUUGUCUUGGGCGCCUUUGAAGCUGGCGUUGGCCCAAGCUUUGUCGCUAUUACCCAAAUGUGGUGGAGGCGAAGAGAACAAACAGUACGAAUUGGAUAUUGGUACUGCAUGAAUGGCUUGACCUGGAUUCUCGGCAGCCUCAUCACCUAUGGCUUAGCAAGUAUCAAAUCCGACAUGAAACCAUAUCAGAUUAUCUUUUUAUUUUUCGGUAUUGUCACGAUUUUCGUCUCCAGUCUCAUGUUCUUAUGGAUGCCGGAUUCGCCCCUUGAAGCCAGAUUUCUUACCGACCAAGACAAGCUCAUCGCUAUUGAGCGGCUUCGAUCUAGUGAAUCUAGAAUAACGACCAGAGAGUGGCAGCAUGGGCAAUUCAUUGAAGCCAUGCGAGAUAUUAAAACCUGGCUUUGGGUGGCAAUGAUCUUUUGCAUAUCGGUACCGUCCAACGGCAUCUCGACGUUUGGGCCCCUCAUUAUCGAGUCCUUUGUCUCCGACCCAUUUCAAACAAUGCUCUUUAAUGUGCCUGUGGGAAUCUCGCAUAUUAUUGCAGUUACUGGCAGUGCAUACAUUGCAAUGAAGUGGAAGGCCAAAGCAUACGUUAUUGUUGGACUUUGCAUCCCACCUCUCAUCGGGUUUGGAGUGCUACUCAUGUUCCCCCAUGAUAUUCACCACAGAGCGAUUCUGCUUGUAGGCUACUUUUGUCUAUCUGCUUAUACCGGUAUCACGCCCCUCAUUUAUUCCUGGUCAGCACAAUGCACAGCUGGCGACACCAAGAAAAAGACAGUAUCAGCAUUGAUCUUCAUCGGGUCUUCUGCUGGCAAUAUUAUUGGCCCACUACUGUUCACACCUGAUGAGGCCCCAGAAUACCAGCGCGGCAUCCGAGCCAACAUAGUAUUCUUCAUAUUUGUUGCUCUGAUUGCGGGCGGCACUGCAGUCUAUCUCCACGACUUAAAUAACCAGCAUGCCAAGCGCAGAGUGGCAUUAGGCAAAAACGCGGAGAUCGUUGAUCUUACGUUGGAAACUGCUGAAGAUGCUGAGAGGAUGGAACAAGAACAGCAAAUACCUGCGCAUGGCCCAGACGCGGACGGCGAGACAGGUGGAGAGAGUGGAUGCAACCACAGCGGCAAGGCGGGUGGUGAUGUCACAGACCUGGAGAAUGAAGACUUUGUAUAUGUAUACUAG